AUGACCGAGUCAAUCCCCAAAACGCAAACCGCAGGCUGGAUCCAAGACCCCGGUCCGGAUUGCGUCCUCCAAAUCCGCAAAGAUGUCCAAGUCCAAUCCCCUUCGGCCGGCGAACUCCUCGUAAAGCUCGAAUACAGCGGCAUAUGCCACAGCGACUGCCAUAACCUCGUUUCGCCUGGGAAGUACACCGAAGUGCCCGGUCAUGAAGGCGUCGGCACUGUCGUGUCGCUGGGCCAGGGAGUGUCAGAAGAUCUGCUGGGAAAGCGAGUAGGCAUAAAGUGGCUGUGGAACGCGUGUAAAGAGUGCAGUAGCUGCAAACAAGGCAAGGAGAACCAUUGCGCCAAGCAGAAGAAUACUGGAAGAAGCGUAUGGGGUACUCUACAGCAGUAUGUGGUUGCAGAUGCGGAAUUCGUUACCAUGAUCCCGGAAGGAGUCAAGAGCGAGAUCGCAGCGCCACUACUCUGCGCAGGUCUCAGUCUCGCAGGCGCUGUAUCGAAACUUACACCUGAGGUCAACCCCGGUGACUUCGUCGCUAUAAUUGGUGCUGGAGGAGGUCUCGGACACAUCGGUGUACAGAUCGCUACAAUCAAGGGAUACAAGGUCAUUGCGAUUGACAGUGGUGCCGAGAAAGAGAAGCUGACGAAGGAGAUGGGCGCCGUGGCUUUUGUCGACUAUGCGAAGCAGGAUGUGUUACAAGCCGUGCGAGAUCUGACGGAUGGAGAAGGUGCGCAUGGUGUGAUUUGUGUUGCAGGCAGCGAAAGGGCGUAUCUUCAAGCUCCGGCUUUGGCGAGGAACAGUGGCGUGUUUGUUUGCGUGGGACUUCCACCGGAUACGUUCAUGUUUCCUAUGAGCCCGAUUCAUAUCGCUAAUAGAGGACUUGUCAUCAGAGGAUCCUCAACCGGUAGCGCCAAGCAGAUGGAUGAGCUAUUGCAGAUGGCUUUGCAGGGCAAGAUCACACCCAAGGUUGAAGUUUACGACUUUGCCGACUCUCCGAAGAUUCUCCAGGAGUUGCAGCGUUAUGAGGUUACGGGGAGGAAGGUGGUACGGGCACCGUGA